UGUGUCGGUGUGUGUGUGUGUGCGAAAAACAGAGCAAACUCACAACUUCCGUUAAUCGUUAAGAGUACACCAUCCGUUUUUGAGAUCCGUAACCCAUUGCCAGGCUAUGUGUUUAAAAAGUGCGUGAAAUUGCAAAGAGAAGAAAAUAAGGAAAUUUGCGAAAAAUUACAAGAUUCAAGCAGUCAGAAUGCUGGCCAAACGAUUGGCAAAUAACAGCCAGCAUCAGUACUGGUGCGCUGUGUUGUUGUGGGUCCCGUCGUCGUAGUGGUUGUUCUUAACGCCCCGCUCCCCCGCCGUCGAUGUCGAUAAUAAUGUGGCUGGCGUUGGCAGUGCCAGGAGCAGAUCCCGUGUCAGUUCCCGUGCCAGUCCCAGGCCAUAAUCAUCAUUUGAAUGCGGUGAAUAACUCUAAACGCAAUAAAAAUAAUGCGAACAACAGCAACACCACAAACACUAACAACAGCAACGGUAAUAGCAACAACAUCAGUUCUCAUCAUUGUCACAUUUGACGUAGCAGCAGCAGCAGCAGUAGCAAUAUCAUAAAUUUCAACAAGAACCAUAGACUUUUGCCCCACACCAGCACCACCCGGAUUAAAAGGCCAAAAAGCACGCAAAUUUUUCGACUUUGCGUCAUGCUAGCUACAAGAAGAACAACAACAACAACAUCAAGAACAAUAGCAACAGCAAGAGCAAGAAAAGAAGCAGCAACAAUAGAAAAAACAAAACCAGCAAUUACAACAUCAACAACUGCCACAUCAGCAAUUACAACAAUAUGGUUCUAAGCACCGAAUGGUCUCAGGUGGAGGUUAUCGAUCUGAUCAAUGAUGGGAAUGGCCUUGGGUUCAUCCUUGUUGGGGGUCGCAGCACAGGCGUUGUCAUCAAAGCCCUAACACCUGGGGGUGUUGGGGAGCGCGAUGGCCGCCUACAGAUGGGCGACCAUCUGCUGCAGAUUGGCGAGGUAAAUCUGCGUGGCUUUAGCUCGGAGCAAGUGGCCACAGUUCUUCGUCAGACCGGAGCUCAGGUGCGUCUGAUUGUGGCACGGCCCGUGGAGCCGACGGCCAUCGAUUACCAAACGCUGGCCAGUCAUGCGCCUAUUAUACCAACUAAGCUCCUCUCCGACCCGGAAGAACUGUCGCGUCAUCUCUUUCAGAACCCGAGCUUUGCCACAGCAGCAGCAACGGCGGCAGCAGCAGCAGCAGCCGCAGCAGCAGCAUCCACUGUGGGUGGGCCAUCGAUGGAUGUGACAAGUCUUGUGGGCCUGGUGCGUGGCGGACCCACUGACGAUGAGCAAAUGGCCCAUGUGCCUCCGCCUCCAUUGGAGUCGGCUGUCAGCGGAACGCUGCAGCUUGGCGAGCUGGCGGAUCUGGCUGAUCUGCCGCUGCCGCCCAUUCCGCCGCAUUUGGCUAGCAGUAAUUCAGUGGAGGGCAGCUGCAGCAUUCGCCAGUGUCCGCGCGACUUGGACAUUGUGCCAUUCUCCAUAUUAUCGCCGCCGCCGCGGCUCUCCCUGCAGUUGUCCUUGGAUCCACAUUGGACUACUGUCUCCGGGGAGGAGGAAAUGCAGAUGCAACUGCAGCUGCAGCAACAGCAUAUUGAGACUGUGAUAGCCGGCAAAAAGUUGGCCAACGAUGACGACGAUGCCUCACCCUCUCGCUCGGCCUCAGCGUCUGCAUCGCCCUCGUACAUAGACUCCCCGGAGACAGAGACCUAUGUGGUGGAGUUGCACAAGAAUGUCUAUGGCCUGGGCAUUACGGUGGCCGGCUAUGUGUGCGAGGAGGAGGAUCUGUCGGGCAUCUUUGUGAAAAGUAUCAUCGAGGGCAGCGCCGCCGAGAUGAGUGGCCAGAUUCAGAUCAAUGAUCGCAUCGUAGCCGUUGACGGGCGUAGCCUGGCGGGCGUGACGAAUCAUCAGGCCGUGGAGCUGCUGCGGAAUACGGACAUCGAGGUGCAUUUGACGCUGGAGCGCUUCCUGCGUGGCCGCAAGUUCGAGCAUCUACAGGUGGCCCUCACCGAGUUGAAGGGCAGCGCGGGCCCCUCCGCCGCGGGCGUCGGUGGCAACGGUGACAACGAUGGCGAUGCCCAGUCCCAGCUCUCGAUGCCAGCGUCACCCUCGAUAGCCACGCUCAGCUGGCUGCCGCCCAAAUCAGUGGACGCCGACUCGAUUGCCACCGAAGGCGGCGGCAGUCAGCUGCCGUUGGAGUUUGCCGACCUGCCCUCCCGGGACACCGUGGACUCGAAUAUGUCGCACGUGUUGGACCGCAGCGACCACAGUGCACCGCCAGCUCCGUCAGUUCAGCCUCAGUCCCAAAUGGUGCUUGCAGAACCUGUCACAGAUCCAAUCCCAAUGGCAAUGGCAUCGACCAUUCUGACCAAUGGCCAGGCCGAUGAUAGUGGCAACGACACCGACGAGCAGUGUCCAGAGCCCGAGGCUGAGCCAGAGCACGAAUCGCACGAAUCGCAGACGCCUGGCCAAAGUCGGACGCCCACCAAUGAGCCGGAGCCCAUUGUCAGGCUCAAGGGGGCCAGUCCCAGCGCCGCAUCUUUGCGUGUGGCCUGGAAAAGUGAGUUUCCCGAAAGUGAAAUAUUAGUUGCCGAAAUAAAUAAACUUUCAGGUCUAGGGAUCAGCCUGGAGGGCACUGUGGACGUGGAGUGUGGCAUUGAGAAGCGUCCGCAUCAUUAUAUCCGAUCGAUCCUCGAAGAUGGGCCAGUUGGCAGGCAGGGGAUUCUGCGACCCGGUGACGAACUGCUCCAGGUGAACGAGCACAAGCUACAGGGACUCCGCCACAUAGAGGUGGUCAAGAUUCUGAAAGAGUUGCCCGCCCGUGUUAAGUUGGUGUGUGCCCGAGGUACUCGUGUGCCCUCGAUCAUAAAUACAUCACAGAAUCCAGAGGCCUUUGAGACGCGUAGUCUCCUGCCGGGUGGACACCAAAGCCUGCAGAAUCUGUUGAGCAAGGCACAGUCGGAGAGCUCACUGUACACAUCCAGCACGGCAACGCUGACGGAUGCCGCGGCAGCCGGCGGCACUCAUCAGCGUUCCAAAUCGCUGGAGAAUGUAUCCGGACUGGCGCUGUGGAGCUGUGAGGUGACAACCGUCGACAUUGAAAAGACAGAUCAGGGCUUCGGCUUCUCCAUUCUGGACUAUCAGGAUCCCCUCGAUGCGGAGGGCAGUGUAAUUGUGAUACGUGGCCUGAUACGCGGUGGUGCUGCAGAGGCAACUAACGAAAUCUAUCCGGGUGAUCGUCUCAUUAGCGUUGGCGAGCACACAUUGCAAGGUCUCGAACUGGACGAGGCGGUGGCCAUACUCAAGGCCAUGCCGCCGGGCAAAACGCGUCUCGGCAUUUGUCGUCCCCUUUCCACAUCGGAUAGUAAUAGCAACAUAGCCUCGCCUCUUGGUGAUUCGGCGAGCACGUAGUGACAUCGCAUCAACUGGACUCCACCCCCUUCAAAAUGGAUUGCAAUCGAGGCAAAUCUCAAUGUAUUAUAUGACCCUUAUAUAUCAGCCAUGUGAGAGAAUCAACAGCCAAAAACAUUUUGCAGCAUAAAUCAACGGAACUGAGCUGAUGACAAUUUGUAUAUAGGCUGUAUACCUAACCACUGCAUGGAAUGGAAUAUCCGUAGAUAUAUUAUAAAUAAUAAUAAAAACUUAUGUACGAACCACACACACACACACACAACCACAGAGACAAACGCAUACACACAUCAAACUAUUGUGGUUAAAAAAAAAAAAUUAAAACUAGUCAACAUUUUAUUGAUGGCAAUGCAGAAAAACGAAAACAUCAAAAACUAAAUACAUAAAUAAACAACUAGAAUACACACACACAUACACACAGAUACACUCACACAAUACAUUCAUACCGAAUGCAGAACAGAGAUUCUAAACUAUAUCACAAAAUGGUAAUAUCAAUAAAUUAUUAGUAACAAUUUCUAUGGGCAAAAUACUGACCUCCCCCGCAGUCUAACCAACCUGCCCACCUGUCCAAUCUAUUCUGGCCACAAAAAAACGAUUAAAUCGGCUGAUGUUGACAACAUCAAAAGUUGUCAGACUUUAAAUUACGAGAAGAAAAAAUUAAAAUAAACAAACAAGCAAAAAACAAAAAAGAAACAAAAUGGCAUAACAAUUUUCAAUUUUAUUAUGCAAAUAGCUGUCUCUGCAUGUAUUUACCCCCCUCUCUCUCACUCUCUCUCUCGCUGUCUCUCUCAAUCCUUUUCACGUACAUCCAACAACAAUUUAGCCGACUGUAAAUAUUCCAAAGAUUCUUUUUUUAUUGUCCUUUUCAAUUUCGUUAAAAAAAUGUGACAUAAAAUGGUUUUUGGCUGUGGCAGUGGGCGUGGUCGCGGGGAUGGUCAAGAGUGUUAAGCUUUAAGUUAAGUAGACAAAAUGCAUUAACAUUUUUUGGAAUUGUAAAUUAUGAAAUGCAAAUUUCAACCAUAAGAAAAUUGUACUAAAUGGGCAAAUAAUUUCAUAACAUUAGAUAUGCAAAUAUGCGAAAUUAAUGUAUAUGUAUCUAGAAUUACUUAAAAGAAAA